ACUCAUUUGUUUAAAAUAAUGGCCACACAACUAUUUCCGUAUAAAUAACACACAAACACACACUUGACUUCAAAAGUCUCUCUUAAUUUCCUCAACAUUUCACUCCACCUGCUUCCAUAUCUCCAUCAACAUGCCUGAAAGCAAGAAAGUGGUUAUUAAAGUGGAUAUCAAUGACAAUGAUGAGAAAAGAAAAGCUCUAAAGGCGGUUUCGGGUCUUUCAGGGAUUGAUUCCUUGGCUAUGGAUAUGAAAGACAAGAAAAUGACUAUCGUCGGAGACGUUGAUCCGGUGGAUGUUAUCGGAAAGCUUAAAAAUUGGCAUGCCGAUGUACUCUCCGUUGGACAUGCUAAAGAAGAAAACAAAGAACCAGAAAAGAAAGAUAUUUAAGCUUGGGUAUUGUAAAAAUGUAUUACCAACAUCUAUACUAUGUUGAUGUGCUGAUAUUAUAUUUUUACAUUUUAAAGUAUUUAAAUAUUGGGUUAUUGGAUUGUA